AUGUCGGAGGCUCCGGUGCCUGUGCCGGCGGGCGUGCAGCAGGGCCGCGGGCGGGGCGGGCGUGGGGGUCGCGGGCGCGGCAGGGGGCGGGACGGCGCGAAGCAGGACGAUCAGGACGGCGCGGGGAAGACGGUCAGCGUGGCGGCGAUCCCCGUGCCGGUGCCGGUCGCGGUGCCGAUUCCGGUGAGCGGCGGCGACGGCGAGGCAAAAGGCUCCGCGGGGGGCAAAGGCGGUAAGAACCGCAAGAAGGGCGGCGGGGGCGGCGGGGAGGCGUCGCAGGGGCUGGGCGAGUCCAAGGGCGACAGGGACGCCGCGGACGGGGGAGCGAAGGGCGCAGGGGACGGCGCAGCGGGGGCGGCAGAGGACGACGGAGGUCGUGGGCGCGGCGGGCGCGGGGGCCGCGGGGGGCGCGGGGGCCGGGGUCGCGGAGGCCGCGGAGGGCGCGGCCGGGGCGGGCGCGAGCAGGCCGGCAGAGGCGAGUGA